AGCGCUGUGAGCUCAUCAGUUGAAUACAACCAAAGCGCCAAAACCAAACAGCUCAAGCGAGUUCAAGCGACCAAACCUCGUCCAAGAGGACAUUUCUCAAGCGAUAAACGUCUACCAGUUUCAAACAAACGUGUUUUCUCCAUCAAGUUCAAUCGUCGAGUGAACAGUGAAAAUGUCGAUCAUCCCGAUUUUCUUCCGCAACUGGUGGGACGACGAAUGGGAUCGUCCGCUGUGGAGCUCUCGUCUGCUGGACCAGCACUUUGGCAGUGGUGUGACGGCGGACGACCUGCUCAACGCCCUGGCAUCGGUGACCGACCGUCGACUGCAGGAGCAACAGGCCCAACAGGGACAACAGUCUGGCAACCGGUACAACCGCCCGUGGCACAGCUCAUGCGUAGCUCGCAUGCAUGACAGUGGCUCGGCGGUGAACAUCUCGAAGGACAAGUUCCAGAUCAACCUGGACGUGCAACAGUUCUCGCCGGAAGAGAUCUCGGUCAAGUACGUGGACAACUGUGUGCUGGUCGAGGGAAAGCACGAGGAGAAGCAGGACGAUCAUGGCUACGUCUCGAGACACUUUGUGCGGCGCUACAUGCUUCCCAAGGGCCACAAUGAGGCCGAUAUCGUGUCGUCACUCUCGUCCGACGGAAUUCUGACCAUCACGUGUCCCCGGAAGGAGAUCGAGCAGAAAAAGGAGGAACGAAGCAUCCCCAUCACACAUACGGGACAGCCGAUGAAGCAAGUGACGGGCAAAGCGGCACAAGAGAAUGAAAAAAAAGAAAAAAAGGACACACAAAACCACCGGAAGCAGAGUGGAAGGAUGCUUUGGCACUCGGAGUGUGUAAGUAAGCAACGUGACUCCAACAGUUUGAUCGGCACCAGCGGCCCCCUUCCCCUCGCCGACCGGCUGCAGAUCAAUCUGGACGUGCAACAAUUCACACCGCAUGAGAUCACCGUUAAAACGGUCAACAAUUCGAUCGUGGUGGAGGGCAAGCACGAGGAGAAGCAGGACGAGCAUGGGUUCAUCGCGCGUCACUUUGUUCGCCGCUACGUACUGCCGGACGAUCACGAUCCCAAAGACGUCAUCUCGAGCCUCUCGUCCGACGGUGUGCUGACGAUCGUGGCACCGAAGAAGGUCCCGCAGCCGGCACCGGAAGCCGUGUACGAACGAACCGUCCCGAUACAGCGCAUCGAGGAGCGCACGGUGGAAAGUGUACGGACGACCUCGGAAAGUGUGACCAGCGAGAGUAAUGGUAAAUGAGCGGACCGAUGCAAAUGUAUAAACGGGCCACGGGCUACGAUGAACCAAAGUGAUUAGCGAAGUAUUAUUUGUGGUGGUGAGAGUGCGGUGAGAGUGUUCGUGCAAUUGAUGCGAAAUAAAGUUGAAGAAUAUAUUGUUGAGCAUUAUCAAA